AUGGCAUGGCGGACUACGCAGAAAAUGCGGAUGACAAGCAACGGUGUCAAGACCAUCAAGGACUACGAGCUAUACUGCCACUACGUUGCAGGACUCGUCGGCGAGGGGGUGACACGGCUGUUCGUCAAGGCUCGCGAACCGGCGCUGCUGCAGAGAUCUGAGCUGAUGGAGUCAAUGAGUCAGCUCCUGCAGCAACCAACAUUAUCCGCGACGUCUGGGAAGAUAACGAGCAGAAGCGAUACUUCUGGUCCAUGGAGGUGUGGUCCAAUGGCAUGGAUCUGCGCUGUUGAAGUAGAACGCAUCGCCGCUUGUGAGCUGUUGGAGGAAGAGUACCCCCGCUUACUGAAGCAGCCUCAUGACAACAACGCCUACAGUUUCGGUCGAAUUGGCAGCCACAACGUGGUGAUCGCGGGUCUUCCGAGUGGGAAAUAUGGCGUCUCUUCAGCAGCAACUGUGGCUCAAGACUUGCUCCGCAGCUUUCCAUCUAUCCGUAUCAGGCUAAUGGUAGGGAUCGGGGGUGGUGCACCGACUCAGAAACAUGAUAUUAGAUUAGGGGAUGUCGUAGUCAGCUCUCCCACCGGCGAGACCGGCGGUGUGAUACAUUAUGAUUUUGGGAAGGUGAUACAAGACAAGGCAUUCGAACACAAAGGCUUGUUGAAUGCACCCCCAACCGCUCUUCUAACGGCCUUGCACGAUAUCAGAGUCCUGCAUGCGCGCAAAGGCCAUCGAAUUGUCGAUUCAGUCAAUGCAAUGAUUCAACAUAAUUCCAGGCUCAGGAAGAAAUUCAAGCAUCCUGGUCUAGAGCAUGACCGAUUGUAUGCCACGAAAUAUGUCCACAGAGAUGGCUACCAACCCUGCGUUGAUGUGUGUGACAACACCACCUUGAUCACGCGCAAGCCGCGAAGCGAAGAUGAAGACAAUCCAGCAAUACACUAUGGCCUUAUCGCCUCAGCAGACAAGCUGAUGAAAGACGCAACGAUCCGUGACAGACUGGCAGCCGAGCACGAUGUCCUCUGUUUCGAGAUGGAGGCAGCCGGCUUGAUGGACAACUUCCCCUGUCUCAUCGUCCGGGGAAUCUGCGACUACUCGGACACACAUAAGAACGAUCAAUGGCAAGGCUAUGCGGCAGCAACGGCAGCAGCAUAUGCCAAGGAGCUGUUACAGGCCAUGCCUGGGGAAGAAGUCGUCCGCACCAGUCGCGUCCUUAGGACCGAAUCACAACCUGCUCCGUCUGCAACUCCGAAGCCAGUCUUCACGGUCCCAUUCGAACGAGACAAGCAUUUCGUCGGCCGAGAAGGAAUCAUCACUCUCAUCGAAGAGAAACUUCAAGAGCAGUACCGCGCUUCGCUCUCAGGAUGGGGAGGGAUGGGGAAGUCCCAAAUCGCGAUCGAGUACGCGCACCGUUUCCGGAAGAAGCACCCCCAAUACCACAUAUUCUGGGUAUAUGCGGCGAACCACAGUCGCUUCUAUCAGGCAUACCAAGAGAUAGCGCGGCGUCUUGAAAUCCCUCGCCAUGAUGAUCCUGCAGUUGAUGUCGGUGGGCUAGUAUUAGAUUGGCUCAAUGAACAAGAUGCGCAGUGGCUGAUGAUCUUGGAUAACGCAGACGACGCCGGGCUUUUCUUCCUCAAUGAUAGCGAACCGUCUUCUUGUGAAGAUUCGAUAUCCGAGAGACCGCUGAUUGAAUACCUACCCAGUUGUUUAUCCUCUAACAAGUUACUCCUUAUCACGACCCGCAGGAAAAACCUUGGCGAAGAUUUGAUUAACGGGGAACAGUGCAUUGAAGUGCCGCCGUUCACCAUACAUGAAGCUCUACUCUUAUUGCAAGGGCGGUCAAAGGAUCCAGCGACUGGUGUUGAUUCUUCAGAGUCGGCCAAGUUGAUGGAUAUUUUGGGAUGCAUUCCACUCGCCAUCAACCAAGCUGCCGCCUUCAUCCGACGAAACCAGAUGUCACUGCAAAAGUAUCUCGCAGCUCUCGAGAAAGACGAAAAGAACCUAAAGGAUUUCCUCAGUGCCGAGCUUCAAGACGCUCGACGUGAACGCGGAUUUCCAAACGCAGUUUUCCGAACAUGGAAGCUGUCGUUCAGCCAGAUUCAAGAUCAAGAGCCUCACGCGGCUGAACUGCUGUCGCUGAUGGCAUUAUUUGAUCGGCGUGACAUCCCGGAAUCACUUUUGAGGGAUCCUGAAGUUAGCGACUAUGACUUCUCGACCGCGAUCGGCACACUCAAGACGUUCGCUCUAAUUGUGCAAGAGACUGAUAGCGAGAAGUUCGCCAUGCACCGGUUGGUGCAGCUCUCAAUUCACGACUGGCUGGAAAAAGCGGGAAACAAGGUCGAAUACGAAGGGCAAGCUCUACAGCGGCUCAGCGAUCAAUUUCCUGAUCCUAAGCAUGAAAAUAUGAAGACGUGUCAAAACCUUUAUCCCCACGCUCAAGCGGUAUUACUACAAAGUUUGAGAUCAGAUUCAUUGAAGAGAGCACGGGCUGAUCUGUUGUACCUGGUUGGGUGGUACGAGCGGGGACAGGGAAACUACAAUGUCGCGGAAUCGCAGGUUUUGGAGGCACUCAGCUUAUUUGAAGAAAUUGAGGGCGAGAGUUCUGUUUGUUGGUUGAAUUGUAAAGAUCAGUUGGGAUUAAUCCUGGAACUUCAGGGCAAAUACAAGGAAGCAGAAAAGAUGCAUAAACAGGUCUUAAAACGAAGGAAGUCAGUACUUGGCGAGGACCAUUAUGACACUUUGACAAGCAUGCACAAUCUAGGAAGAGCACUUCAUAGGCAACGGAAGUACACAGAAGCAGAGAAAAUGUAUCGAAAGACAGUGGAGUUACGUGAGGUAACGAACGGAAAGGAUCAUCCUGACACACUUUCGACUCUGGAUGGUCUUGCAAGAACCAUAAAGAAUCAAGGCAAGUACGAAGAAGCAGAGAAGAUGUUCAGACACAUAUUAAAGCAUUCUGAGACUAUACUAGGGGAAAAGCAUCCUGAGACACUGAUGACUAUGCAUAAUCUGGCAAUGGUUAUACAAGCUCAGCAGAAGUAUAACGAGGCAGAGGAGAUGUAUCUACAGGUGUUGGAAUCAGAGGAGAUAGUGCUAGGGAAGAAGCAUCCUGAUACACUGACGACUAUGCAUAAUCUGGCAAGGGUAUUAAGAGAUCAGCAGAAGUGUAAAGAGGCAGAGGAGAUGUAUCUACAGGUGUUGGAAUCAGAGGAGAUAGUGCUAGGGAAGAAGCAUCCUGAUACACUGACGACUAUGCAUAAUCUGGCAAGGGUAUUAGGAGAUCAGCAGAAAUAUAAGGAGGCAGAGGAGAUGUAUCUACAGGUGUUGGAAUCAGGGGAGAUAGUGCUAGGGAAGAAGCAUCCUGAUACACUGACGACUAUGCAUAAUCUGGCAACGGUUAUACAAGAUCAGCAGAAGUAUAAGGAGGCAGAGGAGAUAUAUCUACAGGUGUUGGAAUUGAGGGAGAUAGUGCUAGGGAAGAACCAUACUGAUACACUGCUGACUGUCUGGUGCCUUGCUUUUUUGUACAAAGAGCAGCAAAGAUACAAGGAUGCGAGGCCGUUGUAUCAGAGAGCUUCUUCAGCCUUUCAAGAGAGCCUAGGACCGGAUCAUCCCCGCACCCUGCGCUGUGCUCAGGAGUAUGAGUCUUUGUUGGAAGAGUUGGGCAUACGCCGAGCGGAGAUGGGAAACGACGUACGAGUUGGAUCAGCGAGCACGAUGGCAUCGCUAACUGCUGAAGAUGAAGUAGCGCACAGGACGGAUAUGCAAGACAUUUCAACAAGCAAGACUGGGCGAAGAAGGAGAUCUGCGCGGAAGAAGAGAGAAGAAGAAGCGAAGUGA